CAAGCAAAAAAAUCCACAACCGCAACCUCGCAGCAAAUCAAUUGACCACGACGGGCUGAAAAAAAAUCACAGCAACAAGCAAAGACCAAUUGCUCUAUUCGAAUUUCUGGCGGUAUAAGGAUCCUAUAUGCGUGUUCAUGGCAGGCGGCUCGGGCUGCGCCUUGGCCAUAGCCAUGUAGCUCCAAGCACCCGGGCAGCGGCGAUAUACACGUCCCACAUCCCACGGCGGACGAUGCAUCUCAACCACUUUGUAUCCAAAGGUCAAACGUCCGAGGCCGAACCACCCAAUGGUACCUUCACCCUCGCCGUAAAAGACAACAUCGCAACGCAAGCACACCCGACAACAUGCGCCUCCAACAUCCUCCGCGACUACACCUCGCCCUAUGAAGCGACCGUCGUCCGUCAGCUGCGCAGCCACGGCGCGCGCGUCGUCGGCACCACGAACCUCGACGAGUUCGGCAUGGGCACCCACAGCACGCACUCGGCGCACGGCCCCGUCGCCAGCCCGGCCGGUCGCUCGGCAGGCGGGAGUUCCGGCGGCAGCGCCGUGGCGGUAGCGGCCGGCCACGUCGAGGUCGCGCUGGGGACGGACACGGGCGGCAGUGUGCGGCUGCCGGCCGCCUACAACGGCGUCGUCGGUUUCAAGCCUAGCUACGGCAUGAUCUCGCGUUACGGCGUCGUGCCGUACGCCAACAGCCUCGACACCGUGGGGGUCUUGGCGCGGUCUGUAGCGAGGAUACGGGACUUGGUGGUGGGGAAGGGGUUGUGGGCUCAGCAUGACGACAAGGACCCGACCAGCUUGUCUGUUGCGGCGAGGUUGCGGUGCGCGAGUGGCAGGACGGGGUACAAGGGGCAGGGUGCAAAGGUCGGCUGGGAGGGGUUGACAUUUGGUAUCCCGCUAGAGUACAACAUUUUGGAGCUUGACCCGCUGAUAAAGGAAGCAUGGGAAGGAGUAGCGGCCUUGCUGCAAAGCCUUGGGGCAAACGUGGUGCCUGUGUCGUUGCCCACGACGCGCCAGGCCCUGUCGGCGUACUACGUGCUCGCCCCGGCCGAGGCGUCCUCGAACCUGGCAAAGUACGACGGCGUACGCUACGGAAACCCUGGGCCAGAUUCGGAAGAGGAGGGCGUUUUGUAUUCGGCUGCUCGUGGCGCCGGAUUCGGCGACGAGGUCAAACGCAGGGUACUGCUGGGUGCCUACAGUCUGAGCUCCGAGGCUAUGGACAACUACUUUGUACAGGCGCAAAAGGUGCGGCGGCUCGUCAGGGGUGACUUUGACCGAGUGUUUCUGCUCGACAACCCACUUGUCGACAAGGAGCCCACCGAGGAAGGGUUCGGCGAAGAGGGUGAGCAAGUUGACCUGGCGGACUUGCACGAAGACGUGCCCCUAGUCGACAAGCGCGGGCCCGCCAGGGUUGAUUUCAUCCUGUCGCCGACCGCACCGACGCCGGCUCCCACGCUGGACGAGGCGUUGAGCCAGACGAGCCUGGACUCGGCCACGAACGACGUGUUUACCGUGCCGGCAAGUCUAGCCGGGCUGCCUGCCAUCAGUCUGCCGGUAGAUGUGGAAGACCAUGCUGAUGGGACCAGACUCUUUGGUGGGAUCCAGGUCAUCGGGCAAUACUGGGAUGACGCCCGGUUGCUUGAUGUAGCCUUUGCUCUGAGGGGAGCGCUUGGCCGGUCUGGUAUGAACAAGUAUGCAGAGCAGGACGAGAUGGCUUUGUCGUCUUGUACUUGA